AGUUUGCAAGCUUUAUGUGUAUGAAGUAUUACCCUAACGGGGUUCUCUUGCAUCAUAAACCGGUCGUUGUGUGAACAUUGUUCUCGUCUAAGACUUUUUGAGAGCUCAGACAUACGCUUGUUACUUGCCUCACUCUACUUCUAUUUAAGCUAUUGCAUAUAUUGUGUAUUUUGUGACUCUUUGGCGAUGUGUUCGAUCGGAGACGAUGGCUUGGAAGAAGUCCCAUCCAAGCCCCCACGUGACCCCACUCAACGAAUGUGUAUGAAAUGUUCAAGCAGUUUAGCCGUAGUUGUAGUGCGGCUGAAUGAUCCGCUUUGCAAGGAUUGUUUCCUGGCUUACUGUACGCACAAGUUCCGCUCCACGAUCGGCAAGGCUCGCGUUAUACGCCAUAAUGAGCGAGUGUUGCUUGCAGUGUCAGGCGGACCGGCAUCUCUUGCCAUGCUACACUUUAUCAGCGAGGCAACUAGCGCACGGAGACUGCGAUUCCAUCCUGAUGUGGUUUUUAUUAAUGACGGGGCUAUUAUUGGAGUCAGCAACCAAGACAUUGUAAGAAAGAUACAUGAAGUUACAAUGAAAGCUGGGUUUGCUUUACACGUAGUUGGUUUAGAGACAUUGUUUAGGGCAGACAAAAUGAGUCCAGAAGAAAGUUUGCAGGCUCUCCAAACUCUGUUUGACUCCGUAACCUCUCUUACAGCCAAGGAAGACCUACUCAGGUCUCUCCAUCAACAACUUCUAGUUAAAGUUGCGAUGGAUGAAGGUUACUCAAGGGUCAUGGUUGGUGACAGUGCAAAUAACAUAGCAGUUCACAUACUUUCUGAUAUCUCCCAAGGCAGAGGUGGUGCAUUGCCAUUCAUCACAGCAUUCAAUGACAGCCGUCAUGAUGGUAUCUCAAUACUAAGGCCAAUGCGUGAAUUUAUAGCCAAAGAAAUCUGCCUUUAUAAUCACUUUAUGGGUAUUGACGCAAUCAGUACAAACUCACUUGCAACCAAGGCGGGUAUUAAUGCUAGUAUAAACAAGCUUACAGAGGAAUUCAUUAGCGGGCUGCAAGCACAGUUCCCAUUUACUGUCAGUACUGUGUUUAGAACUGGAGAUAAACUCUCUCUUUCUGAAGAGAAAUGUGAUAUUCAUUGUGCUAUUUGCAAGGUCCCUGUGUCCUCAGCUGAUAGAAAUCUUUGUAAGCGACUGGAACAUUUAGCUAUAAAUCACUCACACAGAUCAGACAGUUCUCCACCAUCUAAUAAUAUAGGCAGUGCAUGUAGUUCAGACGACACAGGGGGCUCUCCACACCAAAGUACAAGUCUGAAAGACAUGCUUUGCUAUGGCUGCCAGCUCACACUUAAAGAUGUAAAACAAGAUAUCACAGGUCUUCCCUUUGUACAAGAUUGCAUACAAAGAAUUUCCAACAGAGAGGUGAUAAAUAGUAGCAUCCAGGAAUUCCUCUUACCAGAUGAUAAAAGCUAACAUCAUAAGUAUUCUAACCAAAUCAUAACAGAUUAAGACUUAUGUACACUAAACUUUGUUCAAUUUUAAUAUUUCAAACAGUUAUCUUAUCACAUUAACAGUUUUGCAAAUUUCAGGACUCGAAAUAAUUUUCUUGAAUUAAAGUCACUCCAAAAUUUA